GCUGGCGAACGAAGAAAAUGUGGAGAUCGCAAGAGAGUUCGAAGUUCCCCUCGGGCGUUUGUCUGAAUCCAGUGGAAAGGAGAGAUUUUCAAGUGGAAGGGCAGUGCGAAGAGAGGGAAGAACGGCGAAACGCCCAGAAACGCGCAAGGAAAACGACGGGUCGCCAGCGAGACGGGUCGGGGAGAGCGCGAGCACCCAGUUCACACUCGCGCGAGCCAGAUCGCGGUUUUCAUUUUUUUUUGCAACUGAGACACGUGACAUCUAUGUUGAGCGCCUCCGCUUUGGUGGAUCAUUUUUUGUCUUCUGCCGAAAAGGUCCCCGCAUUUCCACGGCCUCGAUGCGAGCUCGUCUCCGGCGUUGCUCGGGGCUUUGGCCACCCCAAAAACACCAGGACUCCGCAUAGGUUUUUCUCUCGAGGACUCUGAGUCGGUGUUUCUCUCCACCGGGACUUGUCGUCGGUUUUCCUCUUCACGAUGUCGCUCGCGAACGGCGCUCCUCGCGGGAGGAGGAGAGGAGUUCCUCUCCUCUUUCUCUUCGCUCUGCUCUCCCUUUCUCUCUUCAACUCCAGUCUUUGGCCAGUCGCUCCCCGCGCCGCUCUGCUCGCCGUACACGCGACUCAACUGAGAAGCAGAUCCAGCUCUGCAAGCGAAGGUGAUCGCUCCCCAGCGUCGCCUCCGCCUGCCGGCGCACCGGCCCCCACGGAUGCUGUUCUUCCAGUCAUCUCGCCGACGUCUCCUGUCUCCUCUGCCUUCUCUGCCUCUCCCCCUUCACCUCCUUUAUCUCCUCCGUCUGUCGCGUCUCCUUCUCCCAGCGUUGUUGAGGGCGGCGAGACUCGCCAGGCGGUUGUCUCGGCAGAGAGGCCCGCGUCUCUGCCCUCGUCUCUGCCCUCGUCUGUGCUGCCGAUGCCUCUCAACACGGCUGGCCUCUCCCCUUCUUCUCCCUCUUCUCCUCUCCCUUCUUCCUCGUUUCCUCUCUCUCCGUCUCCUUCUCCCUCUCUCUCUCUCUCUUCUUCUCUACCUUCUGCUGCUGCUGCUCCCGUCGCCGAGGGCGCCGGUGGGGAGGACGCUCCGCUUUUUCCUCGAGAGCAGCAAGUGACGUUCUGGUCGAUUUUGGUGUCUCCGUUGACGGCUUUCCCCGCCUUUCUUGCGUCUCGUCUCCUGUGGCUGAUGAAAGUUCUCGCAGUCUUAUCAGCGGUCGUCAUGCUGCUCUCGCCGCUGCCGACAAUCAUUCGCAUCAAGGCAUGUCGCAGCACAGCCGAGCUCCAGGGACUCCCGUACGUCAUGUUGCUGCUCUCUGCGAUCAUUUGGUUGGUCUACGGCGUUCUGCGGAGGGACAUCGUCCUCCUUGCGCCGAAUCUCUGCGGCUUCUUCCUCUCGCUGUGGUACGUCCACGUCUUUCGCAAGUUCUGCAAACAUCCACAGCAAGCGCAACUGCUGCGCGUCUACGUCCUCCUCAGCGGCCUUCUUCUCCUCGGCAUCUUCCUCACUUCUCUCUUCCUUGGAUUCGACGGUGCCACGAAGCUCGUCGGUCUCGCCGCAGCGGUGAUCAACGUCUUCAGUUAUGUGGCGCCUUUGUCGGCGUUGCGGGUGAUCUUGCGCGAGAAGAGCACGGCAUGUUUGCCGGUUGAAGUUUCAGUUGGAAACUGGAUUUGCAGUUCCCUGUGGCUUUUCUACGGAUGGCUUAGUGAAGACCUUUUCAUUCUCCUGCCCAACCUCAUCGGAACCAUCGUAGGAUGCGCUCAGCUGGCGUUGUUGGCGAUGUACCCUCCCCCGUCUCGCCGUGGGUUCUCAGUGUUGGGCGGGAGCAGCUGCAGUCGUCCGUAUCGACCUCCGGCCUGUUCGGCGCCUGCAGUGGACGAGGCUUUUUCUCCGUCAGUCUUGUCUCCCUCAUAUGGAUCUUCUUCUCACGUUCGCUCUUCUUUCUCUCCGUUGUCUGCGUCCUCUCCCCACUGCCUCUCGCCGUCCGCGUCGUUCGCCUCCGGGGGAGCCGGCAGUGUGGCGAGCACGGCCGCUUCGCUCGAAGAGCAGCGCCUCGCGCGUUCUUCGGGGACGCCCGACAAGCCUGCGUUCAUCCCAGAGAACGCCUCGGUCUGCGCAAAUGCGCCGUCUCUCCCCACACAUGAGAUGCUUUUGCGAGACUGGCAGCAGCGCCUGUUGCGAGCGAAGGAAGAGGAGCGCGAGGGAUGGCAACCUCCAGGAGAGCGCGAAGAAGGCGCGUUUCUCGAAUCCGAUGAGCAAGGCAAUCCAUGCUUCAGUCGACCGAGUCCAGUGCGGUCAACAGGACUCGAAAAGGUCGAGGAGAUGGCCGGCGGCUUCGACUUUUGCGGGGGUGCAGGCGAUUCGUGGAAGAAACAGCGAAGUCCCGAGGGUGGACAGGUCCGCCAAGUCGCCUACGCCACUCUCGAAGAAGCCGAAAAUGCGGUGUCUGCCGCAUACGGCGAAUUCCCCGGCCGCGGGGAGGCUUUCGUCCGGGCGGCAUAGGCUGCACACGGAAGAGAGCUUGUUUCCAGGGAGAAAACCAAGACGAACCUAGUGGACACAACACAGUGCUGGGAGGUGUGCCCUUGUGAGGCUUGAGUGCGGAAAGGGAGACGCAGACUGGCGGAAGCGAGAAGCAGGGUGGACUUCCACGAGAGAAAAGUCCUUCUGGGAUGCGGGGGGACCGAGGCGGCUGUGUGAGUCCGCCCCAGGUAGACGUCAGGUUUGUGUUUUGAGAGAGAAACGCGAAAAGAGAGGAGUGGUGGCGAUGAGGGCGUAAACGGAGUUUGAAAAGAUCCACAGUUCGUCGGAAGAAGCGAGGGAAGUAAACUGCAUGAAGUUUCCACGCCCGCAUCUUCUCUUUAAGAUUUUCUGGCGUCGCCGGUUUCGCGGCUGCCGACUCGCUGCUUUCCAGACACCUCAGGUCUCAGGUCGAAUCUCGACGUUGAGGAAGGACGAAGAACGCCGUCUGUCAACUUAGAAAAGGAAGAAGUUUAAGAUUUAAAGGGGCGAAGAAAAAACAAGCCAAAGAAAAACAGACUUCCCGUCAGUGUUCUUCGAGGGUGGGAAGGAAUCUUUUCUUGAGUCGCGACGCUCUAUGCUCCGCUGCUGUGCUAGACGCAAAUUGGCGUUGGAGUUAGAUGGAAGGCUUGAGGAACGCAGAGAAAACAACUGAAGACUUGUAAAUUCGCAGUCGAGAGUGAAGAGACAAGACCAGCCAACAGGCUCUUGUCUUCUUUGUCUUGAAAAAGUUCGACUCUGCCGGAUACUACUCGAAACGGAACGCAUGCGGGAAAAAUGCGCAACACUUAGUUAACGCCAGAUGUCCGAGGUGGCGCGUCGUUUCUUCAUUUCUCUCUGCGCCCCCAAGAGUCUCUAGACAGUUAACGGGCAAAUCUGUGCAGUGGAAACUUCAGACGGAAACAGCGUCUACCCUAAGAUUUCUUGGAUGAAUUUAGCCGACCAGCUGUCGAGUUUAAGAGAGAAAGCAAAGGCUCCGUGAAAACUCGGUGCCAGGGAAGUUGUCUGUCCUCGAUGCGACGGAGCCGAAUCUAGAAAGUGAAAACGGGCAAGAACUUUCCGCGCAAGAGAAAACAUGCGAUGCAGGCGCACGUCCCAAGUCACAAACUCUGAAAUUCACGUUGAACCCUAGUAUAUUAUAUAUAUAUAUAUAUAUUAUAUUUAUAUAUAUAUAUAUAUAUUAUAUAUAUAAAUAUUAUAUAUAUAUAUAUGCAUAUGCCUGCCUGUGUGUAUAUUUCUUGUCGCUGCAUACUUUUUGAGCAUCCAUCCGUGUCACAUUUGCAAGUCUCACACGCGUUAGCCGAUUACAAGGACAUCGUGAAUCCUUGUGAGGGCUGUGCCUACACCACUGGAGUCCUUUCUUUACAUCAGCAUCAGGAAAAUUCUCAGAUGUUAAGCUGGAGUGAAUUUCGAAGAAAUGGUGUUGCCUCUUCCGAGCGUCGAUGUGUCUGCGGGGGCGCAUCUGAACUGUUCGUGAAUCGUCCAUGUUCUCCAUUUCCUAGCCUGGCUGUUCUGUGCCUUCUUCUCUGACAAGAUCGAUUCACUCAAUAACGAGCAAGCAGAGAACUUAUUUAACUGCCAUUUGGCUGUCAGGUUUCCUUUGGCGUCUGCCCGGCAGAGCCUCUGCUUCCCUGCAGACCUGAUUUUAAGAGUUCGAGAAAGUGGAACUUCAUCAAAAGCAUGUAGGUGCGGAGACAGUCAAGAAGGUCAGGAGAGGAAAAGACACAGAAAACGCGUUCUUCGCGACUGUUGCUCGCUACCCCAGAGACAGCGCAAAGUGGUGGACUGGGAGAUUCUACGCCACUGAAGUUGAUCCCUAUCGGUGAGGUUCUGAGAAAAAUCUGGAGGCGAAGAACAAGAAUAACAGGGCGCAGCGUGUGAAGGCGCGCCUGCAUGUCCUUUCCGAGGACAGCUCCCUGGGAUCGAAAGAUGACACAGAACGUCACAGAUUUACAGUGUAGCAAACAACAGGUUUCCUCGACGCAUCUUGACGAAUCACUGUUUCCAGAGGAGG